CCACUAGUCUGCUCCCCCCAAACCACACCCAUAAAGCACCUCUGCGCUGCCAUGGCGGAGAAUCGCAACCUCGCGCCGACCUGGGCCACCACGGCCGGCCUCGGCUUCCUCACGCUCAACUCCGGCCUUGCCAUCUACCGCGCCAAAGGUGACCCCGCCUCGAUCUUUUUUGUCUUAGCCUCGUACCUCACCCUGCUCCUGCUCUUCGGCUACCUCCGCGCCUACGAGCGCGCACCCCACGUUUCCCCGGCCAGGGAGCGGGCGAGGCGCGCCGUGUGGCCGCUCACCACGCUGCUCACGGCGGCGUUCUCAUCUCCACGAACUGGAGCUGCUGGAGCUGGACAUCCCAUGGAGCGGCAAGUCGCGGCGCUAAUGAUGGCAGCCUUCGGCGCCAUGGCCUGCGACUCGGCGCUCGCCGUCCACGACGCCCGCGGCGGCGACGUGGUCUCCGCGGCGGCCGUGCUCGUCGCGUACGCCGCGCUCCUGGCGCUGACCUUCCGCUUCCUCCGUGCGUUCGCAGGCCGUGCGCGCGGGGUCGGGCACGGACAGGACGAUGAAGGCCGCGGUGUGACCGCUGUCGACGCUGUUCGUCUGGACUAGGGUUGAGUGGGUGGUUUGUUCUUUAGUAACGCGUUCAGUUCAAGUGGCCCGCCGUCGCUUCACUC